AUGGAAGACGGGAAGAGUGAAUAUAAGAAAGGGUUAUGGAGCGAGGAGGAAGACAAGAUUCUGAUCGAUUACAUAACCCUGCAUGGCAAAGGCAAGUGGAGUCGCAUUGCUAAACUCACAGGAUUGAAGAGAGGCGGCAAGAGCUGCAGGUUAAGGUGGCUUAAUUAUCUAUGCCCUACUGUUAAACGUGGAGAUUUCUCUGAGGAAGAAGAAGAUCUUAUCAUUCGCCUCCAUAACCUUCUAGGAAAUAGGUGGUCUUUAAUUGCUGGCCGGGUUCCGGGGAGGACAGACAAUCAAGUGAAGAACCACUGGAACACUCGCUUGAGCAAAAGACUUGGUGUGAAGAAAGGAGCAUGCAAAACGUUGUCGUGUAAGGAAUCAAAAGAAGAGGAUCCAAAUCCGACAUCGUCUACAGCCAGUUGGAAUAAUCGUUGCCAGAAACGGAAGAUAAGCGAAGAGGGUUCUGAUCAUCAACGCUGUGAUAAUAUUAGUGGGUUCAUUAAUAUUAAUUACGCCACUAAUGAUUUAGGUAGUAAUUACCAGCAAUUUAAUGUUUGGGUCAAUACCAAUAACGAUGAUCUGAAUUUGCAAUAUACCCCUAACUUAAUUGAAUUUCCAGAUGAGUCCCCUGACUUUUUCUGGCAUGGAAUACUGUAA